AUGGCUAAUGAAGUAGUUCUAUUAGAUUUGAAGGUUAGUCCUUUUGCAGCAAGGGUCAGGAUAGCUUUGGAAGAGAAGGGAAUAAAAUAUGAAUCAAGGGAAGAGGACUUGAGCAACAAAAGCUCUGUUCUUCUCAAGAUGAACCCAGUUCAUCAGCAAAUCCCUGUCUUGAUCCAUAAUGGGAGACCCAUUUGUGAAUCAAUGAUCAUAGUUCAAUACAUUGAUGAGGUUUGGAACCAUAAAUCUCCAUUGUUGCCCUCGGAUCCUUACCGACGUGCACAUGCCAGGUUUUGGGCUGACUAUAUCGACAAGAAGAUUUAUCCUAUUGGACGGAAUCUAUGGGCAUCUAAAGGUGAAAUCAAAGAAUCAUCAAAGAAGGACUUGAUUGAGUGCUUCAAAAUUUUGGAAAGAGAACUUGGAGACAAGCCAUAUUUUGGGGGUGAGACCUUUGGCUAUGUAGACUUGGCCCUUGUUCCAUUCUACAGCUUCUUUUACACAUUUGAGACCCUAGGAAACUUGAGCAUGGUGGCCGAGUGUCCUAAGCUCGUGGAGUGGGGAGAAAAAUGCUUGGAAAAGGAGAGUGUAUCCAAUACUCUGAGUGACCAGCAAAAGGUUUAUGAAGCCAUUUUGCAGAUUAAAAAGGAGCUGGGGGUUGAAUAA